AUGUUUCGAGCAGUCACGACGGCGUCGACGAGCUUCGCAGCUCCAUCAAACCCUUUACGCUCUUUCCUGGUUCGGACUGUCAUGAGUUCCUCGUCUCGCGGACCUCCCUCGACAGCGCCUCAGGUCCGAAUGCCUGCGUCACGAAACCACCGCCGGCCAAGAGGGCCACCAUAUGCCAAAACAGCGCACAGUGCAGCGGCAGUAGCCGUGGCACCCACCGCGCAUGAGCCAGUCGCAGUCUCUUCCGCGCCCAAAGACCAGACACAUGUGUCCGGACGUACUUUUGCGAGCGCUCCCAUUUCUGAGGCGUCCAAGAGAGGUAUAAAGCAUGAGUUCAUGUCGGAUGUUCAAGCUGCGACGCUGGAUGCGGGACUUUCUGGCAUAGAUCUUCUUGUGCAGGCUAAGACCGGCACGGGCAAGACCCUGGCCUUCCUUCUGCCAUCGGUGGAAAGACUGGCGAAAAUGGAGCUGGCGCCGAGAAAGAUUUCGAUGCUGGUGCUUUCUCCGACUCGGGAGCUAGCUCUGCAGAUAGAGGCAGAGGCUAAAACCCUCAUUGCCAACCACUCAUUCGACGUAAAACAUGCUAUCGGUGGAACGAACAUGAACGCGACAGGCAAACGGAUCAUGGAAAGCCCUCCGCGCAUUCUCAUCGCGACACCUGGACGAUUAAUUGACCAUCUGGAAAACACUGGCAACUUCUCGCACCUAUUCUCGGACCUGCGCGUAAUUGUGUACGAUGAGGCGGAUCGGCUGCUGGACCAAGGGUUCCGCCGCGAGCUGGAUAAGAUUCAGAGUUUCUUGCCCAAUCGGAGCAAGGUCCCGCGCCAGGCCUUGCUGUUCUCAGCCACUGUGAGCGAAGAGAUCAAACAGGUGGCCAAGGGUGCGCUGGUUGCCAACUACCAGUUCCUGAGCACGUUGCGCGCGGACGAAGUGAAUACGCAUGAGCAUGUUCCCCAGCAGCUCUUCACCACUCCCUUCGCACAGCAUGUCGCCGCUACGCUCGGGUUCCUGAAACAAGACCAGCAAGUGAAUCCCGGAGCCUCCAAGGCCAUGGUGUUCCUGCCCACUGCCCGAUCGACGAGUUUCUUCUACGAGGCGCUGUCCCAGCUUCCGUCCGAAAAACUUCCGCCUCUUUUCCAGAUCCACAGUCGCAUGUCACAGAGCGCUCGUAUCAAAGCUGCCGACCAAUUCAAGAACGCCAAACAGGGCGUGUUGUUCAGCUCCGAUGUGACUGCGCGCGGGAUGGACUUCCCUGGUGUCUCGCUCGUCAUCCAAGCGGGUGUGCCAAGCAACGCGGAGCAAUACAUCCACCGCUUGGGCCGCACUGCCCGUGCUGGCGCCAGUGGCCGUGGCCUGCUCAUCCUCGAUUCCGCGGAAGAGUUCUUCUUACGGAACAAGACGAUUUCUGAGCUGGGGAUCAAGCCCGUGGCGUCCUCGCCGUCUCCGGAUUCGCCGUACCACGUUUCGCCGGCGGAUCUCGCACAGCUGAGCGCUACUGUCUCGCGGGGCCUGCUCCAGGUCAGCGACGAUGUCAAGGCCCAGACGUAUCGUGCCUGGAUGGGAUACUACAUGGGAAGCGCCAAGAGCCUGCGUUGGUCAAAGGAAGAGCUGGUGCAGCGGGCGAACGCGUUUGUAUACGAAGGGCUCGGCUGGUCCGGUCCGGAGCUGCCGACCAUCGAGCGCAAGACUGUGGGCAUGAUGAACUUGAAGGGCGUCCCCGGUUUGAACAUCGUCGCGAGUGAGCCCAGGCCACCGCGCAACCAGCCCAGGAAGUAG